AUGGCCAACUCGUCCAGGAAGAUUGUGCCUGUCGUAGGCACGACGCCUGAAUUCGAUAAUACUACCUCUGAGGAGAUGCAGCAGCAGCAAGACGAACAAGAGAACAUUAAUAGCUAUGACGAUAGAUUGCAACAGUCAGACGAAGAUACUACAAGAGUAGCGCCAACAACUGAAUUGGGUGACGAACUUCCCCCUCCCAGUCCGUCUCUGGAGCCAAGCCAAGAACAAGCGACGAGCAAUAGCGACAAUUGCAGCGACGACGAGCCUAGUACCGGUGAAGCGGAGUCAGACGACAGCGACCGGAGGCAAUACUCUACCAAGCGGAAAAGGCAGCCUUUAUCUUACGUUGGCCCAACGCAACGGAAACGUCAGCAGCAUCUUCAGCCGGGCUUUACCCAGGAGGGAAGAAAUUGCUCCCCGCAAAGGCUGCGUUGGAAGCCACAUAAUCAUGGUUCGAGAGCUGCCCAAGCCUGUGGCAGUAACAGCCGAUUACCUUCGCCACCUAGUUCUUCCCUGGGCUGUGGUAUCCUCGGCGAAUCAUUCAAGCACACGGUACCACUGCUCACUGAGAUCACAUUCCGUCUCCGCUCUUCGAAUUACUACUCUUUUUCUGCAUCCUUUCAGGACGAUUGUGAUGAGCCGCAAUUCUCUUUUGCCCAACUCUCUAAACUUAUCGAGGGCUUCGGCCAUUCUGGGAAUAUCGAGGACCUCACAAUCAAGCCGCUAAAGCAACACUCGUUCCUGUGA